AGUCAAGAACCACAAGUAGAAUUGUUUCACACAUAUCAUAAAACGUUUUUCGUGCAUUUUCCUACCUCUGUCAGGAUUAUGACAUUUUAAACGCCGACAGGCACCGCUAAACUCCCCCGUGAGUAUCGUGUUGGAUUCUACCGCUUUCCCGCAAUAAGGUGGAUUUUUAACCUGCUUUUGAAUUUCGCGAGAACUGUCAGUGAUAUAAGUAGGAGGAAUCUUUUUGGGAAAGCAGACCCAGAAAAGUAAGCAGAGUUCACGGAGUUAGUCAACAGUUUCCUGUGGAUUACCAAAGAGUCAACGGCAUACAUGUACAACUACGGUAACCUGGGCAGAGGAAUCGACCGUACCUUUCCAGAUAACAGCUCUGGAUCAGGCUCGAGCUCUGCGACUAUCUCUACAACCGCUGUCACAACUCAACAACAACAACAGCAGAAAUAUUCCGUGGCAGGAUCAAGUCAGUUUGUGCCCAGUCUGAAUGCCAUAACUUCGAACCAGGACCUUCAAUGGAUGCUUCAGCCCUCCAUUCUAAGCACCCCGGGACCAUCCAGGCCACUUCGACCUUCCUACCCACUGCCUCCAAGAAUCCCAUCUAUGAAUCCUCAACUAUCCCAAUCGCAUUUGUCCCGGCCGGGCGUUAUUAGAGCAGCUACGGCUGUUGGCAGCUCAACGAGAAGCAGAAAUGAUGAAUAUCUGUCCCCUGAGGAACUUGAGAGGCGUAGAAUUAGAAGGGAACGUAACAAAAUGGCUGCGGCUAAGUGCAGAAAUCGUCGACGCGAACUGACUGACACGCUUCAAAAUGAAACCGACCAGCUAGAGGAUGAAAAAUCACGUCUGCAGAAGGAGAUAGCCGAGCUUCAGAAGGCAAAAGACAAGCUGGAGUUGGUCCUCGAAGCCCAUAGACCCAUCUGCAAAGUCCAGGACUCGGAUUCCGACUCUGACUCCAACACUAAGCUCCCGUCGCUGAGUGGAAUCAAGAUUGAGCCAGAGGACCCUGAUCUUCCUGGACCUUCCAGAAAAUCAAAGAGUCACGCCAAGCUUAGUAAACCCAAGCCUAAAAUCACCAUCCCACCUGCACCUUCAGCCUCCACUGUCAGCGUACCUCUGGAAUCAGAGUCUCUUCAUACUCCCAUCCUCAUCUCCACUCCAUCUCUGACCCCCUUCACUGCCAGCCUGGUUUUCAGCUACCCUUCUUCUUCGCUGGAUACCAGCUCUGUGACGUCCUCCCAAGCUCUCAAUCUCUCUUGCUCUCACGCUACCAGCCAGUCAUCUCAUCAGCAGCCUCCUCAGGCGUGUGGCGUCGCUCAUCGUCGCAGCAGCAGCAGCGGAGACCAGUCAGAUCACUCUCUCAAUUCACCAACCAUCCUCACCCUUUAAUUUCUCACCUGUUGUGCGGUAAAACAUGUUUAUGACUUCCACAAGUGUCCUUACUACUACGUACCAGCAUAUAUGUUAUGCAUUUACCCGUGGAUUCUGUUUACCUUUUAUUAAUUAUCAAGCAACUUGAAAGCAUUAUGAGAGUACAGAAGCACAAGUUAAAGGUGACGCGUGUAACGUUUUUUGACGUUAAAACACAUUUUCCUAUCCCAGCAUAGUAAGGAGACCCAACUAUGCCAUUCGUAGGCACGAAUCAAUAACAGAUAGAGUACGUUUUUAAGAAAAGGCAUUUUUGUUAUUUUAUUCGGUGACGCCAGUGGAGUAGAAAUGACACACUUCACCUUUUAAGCAGGUGUAGUGCAAAAUGAAAUGUAUGAUCAUCCUUAUUAUGAAGUAGACUGAAAUCUUUACAGCACAUAAGUAUGUAACACUGAAAAGAAAACUGACUGACUUUUAAGCCAUAAUGUUUGACUGUAGUGGCAUUAACCUUAGUAUUACUGCUUUUAAGUAUUUUACUUAAACUACAUAUUUAGCGUAUUGGUGACGGUACUGUAGCAGUUAAAAAUCUGGCCGGCUAGCACACGGUUAAGAGGUUGCUUUGGAAAUGAAAACACAGUAUAGAUCUAUCACUAUUAUGCCUUUCAAGAAGGGAUGUCAGAUGCUUCGGGAAAGCUGGUUUUAAAGAGCAUCUAUUACAUUAUUUAUUAUUAUGUUACAAUUUUAGAAUUAAGGUGUCAACUGAAAUUGAAUUAUAAUUUUUUUUAUCGGUUUUACUGUCUUGCUAUGCACACGUUUGUGAAUUUACACAUUCUAUGGUCCUGUUAUUAUUUUAUGUGUUUAAUCUUGGUUUAAAAUAUACACCAUUAUAAUAACAGUGUAUGCUGAAUAAGCUAGUUUUAAAGAAACUGAAGGGAUGCAUCCUGCCUGGUUCUUCACAUGCAAUGUCUGCAACACUAAAAAAAGUGCACUUCAACGACAGUUCACGGUUACACUGGUUACAAAAAUUAUAUUUUAACUUCACAAAACACUUCAACUGUUACUAUACAGGAUGUAUGCUCUACAAGUUCACAGGCCAGUAGAAGUAAUAUAUAUAUUUUAUGCUGUAUUGAGUACACUACUAUUGCUUGACCACAUAUAGAGUAUUUAUUUUUGAAAAAAAAAAAAAUCUUUUUUACUGAUAUGAUUUCCCUUAAUAAGGAGAAAUGUUGCAUGCUAUUUAACAUCUAAUUAACAAUUACUGAAAAUAUGUGCUGCUAUUUGGAAUACAAAACCAUGUUAUGACCCUGAGCUGUUUUGUAAUAUACUAGAGUGCCUUAAAAUGAUGACAUCUAUUGAUUUUUUUUAUACUGAAUGAAAAGUAUCAGAUGAAGUUGAUAUAUUGCCCCCCUUAUAGCUGUAAUUGUAUUGCAGGGGGUACAUAGAUAAUAUGGCAAUGAGGUAAUUGUUUAGAAAGUUAUAUUAUAAAAAGCAAAUCUCUCGCAGCACACAGUCGCACAAGGAGGAGGGAAAUGAGAGGUUGAGCGCAGUUUCCUUCUAGGAUUUCCUGAUGACAGAAAUGUUCAAUGAGUCAUUUGCCUCUGAACUAAACAAGUUGUUAAACACCUUUGUUUAAGAGUGUUGAUCUUUAACUGUUGUACCGAAAAAAUUAAACAAAUAAAGUUCUGCUCAGGAUAAA